UGUCCGUACUAAUACCAUGAACUUAGCAACAAUUAAUCAGCCAAAAUAACUACUUUAUUUUUCAAAUACCUCAACAGAAUAUAAAUGUGAACAGCAUAACACUCUAUAUUAUGAUUAUUAUGAUCAUGACAGACAUUCCUCAAGCGUGCCUUUGCCAUUCGCUUUCAGUUUCAGUUUCAAUGCAACCACGGACCGCGAAAGGUGUAUAAACAAAACACCGAACACUUUUUUUUUAAACAUUUCAACAAAAUCAUAAUAAUUUUUGAUGAAAUAAUUUUUUCUCUCGCUGUUUCGUUGUAACCAAAUGGUCAUUUGUUUAAAGAAACAUAAUAAUUUUUGAGCAAUAAAGAAAAAAAUUAUUUAAUUCGGAAAGAAAACUAGAACUGUGACCGAAUCGUUUAUCGUUUAAUGUUUAUUUAUGUUAUUGUUGCGGUGAAUUAAAAAAAAGCUAACAAACAAAUUGUGUUUUGAUAACAUGAUUCGUAAAAAAAGCUAAAAUUUAUUUAACUAUUCAAGUGAAAAAAUAUUGAUAAAUUGCUGGAACUAUGUGGCCAAGUUAUCAUUUGCCAAUCAAAUUACAAAACCAAUAUACGACGACUGAAAUAAAAAUCCAAUGACACAUUUUCGUAAAUGAAUUUUUUGUUUUCUUGUUGGUAUAUUACAGACGACGAAAAGAGUGGAAAAGUAAAUAAAACAAAAAAAAAUCCUAAUAGAAAUUUACUCAAGUGCUGUUUAAGAAACAAUUAAUGGUAAAAAGUGUGUGGACAAACAAAAUUAAAAUUUGUCGAAAAAAUGAGUCGGUUGAACUCUUUUUGUGCAGUUAUACUGUUGGUUACAUACACCCAAUUUUGCAACGCCGAAAUAACGAUAGAGGAUGUCGAUGCACAAACCACAGAGAGUUUUAACACUCAAAGUUCGGAAGAAUGGUUCGAUCCGAUGAAACAGAAACAAAACCAAACCGUUGAAGAGUUUAUACGCUCCCUAAUACCGGAUGUGUUGACAAAACUUCGGAAAAACAUGCCACAGGAUAAUGACAACAAAGAAACCGACGAUAUUGAACCGGACGACAGUGGCGAAACCAGUACUAUUCGAACACAAGAUUUAACUAAAUCGGUGAAUUUGGAUGGUGAAUAUGAAACUACCGAAAUUAGCGCCAUUGAAUCAGCAACAGUUAAUAAUGUAACUCCAAAACAAGGAGACGAUCCUGUAAUCUUACCGAUCGCCGCCGAAUUAUCUUCAAAUAAACAAUCGAAAAUGUUUGAACCGGUUCCGGAUACAGUGGCCGCACCGGUAUCACAAAUCUUAAGUGAAAAUACGAUUUACCAAGCAAUUGCAGCCGAUCAAAUUGGAUCGGCGAAUAUUACAUCAGAGUCAACUACCCCAGAAGGCGCAUCAGCAGAAAAUCAAACUCAAACUGUUACCACUCCAGCAACACUAUACAGUCCACCAUAUAUUGUUAAACCAAAAAAUCGGCUGAUGCAAACGACCAAACCGAAAAUAUACAAGUACACUGCCGAGGCAGUUUUACGAACGUUUUUGGACGACACUUACAUCCGUAAACCGAUGGCUGCCCUAAUCGACACCAGUCCGAAUGCAUUGAGAAAAACGAAACUUUUGUGGAAAUCGGCAUUGCGACCGAAUUCUGCAUUGGACAUUGUGCUGGUUGCAUUCAAUUCGUCAGGUGUUGGCGUAACGUACAGUUUCACAAAUACACGAACAAUGAUUGCGGGUCUGGAAAGUGUUCAAGAAUCAAAAACAUCUGGUAGUGGAAGUGCAUUCUUUGGAAUAAUGAGGGCAUCCGAAUUGGUUCCAUAUGACAGUGCAAUUUUCAUUAGCACAGACAGCGUUCCGGCUGAUAUAGAUUCAGCACAGUAUGCUGCAAUAACGUUAUUAAAGAAACGAAUCCGGCUGUACUUGAUCUGGUUCGGGCCUCAAGUGAGCGAAAAUAAUGUGGCUCUUGGACAGAAUAUUGAGGGUGGUAUUUUGGGCGAAGUAGCAAUACGAUCUGGAGGUGAAAUCAUCCGAGUAACCGAAGAGUCCCUAGGACCAAGUGGAAACCUGGGCUUAGUUACUCUGGUUCUGCGAAACAAUUUGCAUGGUUCGAAAGAAAUUGAACUACCCAUCGAUUCAACAGUUUCGGAUUUGAAAAUAAAGCUUAAUGGAAAUGUGGAAACGGCAACCCUCGCAACUCCCAGUGGUGAAUUUGUUGAUUUAUUGGACACCAAAUCUGUACGAACAUUUUCUUUUGGAUCAAUGCUAACCGUUGCGAAGGAAUUGAACGGACAGUACGAUUACGAAAUUCGCCUGCAUUUAGUCGGCCAGCGAACAGGCCUGUAUGCAAUUCAGAUUACUGAUGGUGCGGAUGAAAAUAAUACGGAAACUACGUACUCUGUGGCAGUGGAUGCAAUUUACAGCUCUAAUUUCGCAGAAGAAGUCAAUGACUAUCCGAACGAACAAUUGGUGGAAAUCUCUUGGCAGGAAGUGGAUAAUAAUGCACACUUACAAAGAAGUCAACGAUUGGUAUCGGAUGAGCUAUCAGCAGAAGAACCACAACCAACGGAAAGUGAUGCAGAAAAUGUGGAUCUAUUCGAAAGUCCCGAAUUUCGACCUAGACAUUUUCAGUUCCCAAAAACCGAAGAAGAUGGACAAAUUGAUACCUUGGACGAAACGAACGCAACGCUUUCGAAUGAAAUCGAUGACAUGAUGGGUCGUAACACGUUACAAGCGGUAACAAAGAUUGAGUUGGGAGUACAGUCACAAUUACUGGCCAGUCCUGGGCAAACGGUGCAAAUUUACUAUGAAGUGACUAAUUUGCGAGAGGAGCCAACGUUUCACAAUUUUCAAGUGGUGGAUGAAAAACGCUUUCUGCGAGCUUUAACUCCUAUGUCAAUGUGGCUUGCUGCUGGUCAAACUCAAUCUGCUAUUGUCACGGUGUACAUACCGCCAAACGCACAAAUUGGAGACAAGGAUAAAAUUACGUUUACGUCCCAAGGAGUAGGUCUGGCAUCGCAAGCAGCCACGUUAACAGUGACUUCAUCGACAGCAAUACAGGAUACUCGUCAACCAUCAAUGUGGUGGGGAUUCGGCAGUCGAUGCGAAGGACGAACUGGGGCCGGUCAAUGUGCAAGUUCGGUUUGGUCAUUGGAAGUAUCCACUCAAGAUACGGACACCGGAAUACUAAGAGUUCAAUCACGACCAGCUGGUAUCAUCGUACGGAAUGCAUUCACAGCCGGUACAAACAAUGAAGUCAAAGCAACAUACACGUCAUCGUGUUGCACCACACGAGUUACAAUUACCAGCUACGAUUUGGCUGGUAAUCAACGGUCGCAUACGGUAGACGUGACUGAAUUCAUUUUGAACGAAGCGUCAAUUGCCGCUAUUGCACUGGGAGUGGUUUUGUUAGUUAUACUAAUUUGCCUGGCAAUUGGACUGAUUGUCUGGUGUUGCAAAAGAAGAAAAGCGUCUAGAGAACUACCUGUCUACAGAUCUAGAGGUGAAAGGGAGAGGUCGGCUUAAACGAACGUAGAAUUACACUAAUUUUAAUCGGUGUAUUCGGUAGGUAUUCAUUUUAAAUGGAAAAUAUUUGUUUUGUAAGGUUAUACGGAAUUACGAAUAAAAUACAUUUUUGUGUACAAA